GUAAACCGUCGUUUUCUAAAAAUAUCCAAAUAGUCGAUAUUUGACGGUCUGUUAUAGCAAGUGUUCAGUGUCUCGUCGUUACUUCCGAAACAUUUUUUUUUCUUAUUACGGACAAUCCUGCCAUUCAUCGUAUAACUAGUAUGGCUGAUACCAAGGCAAAGGAGGUAAAGGCAGCUGCACCUGCAGUUAAGCCCAAAAAGAAGAUUGGCAAGCCCAGGAACUACAGUUUAGGAAAUGGAGUCUACAGGUUCAGUAGAACUCGCAUGUUCCACAAAAAAGCUAUCUAUAAGUUUCUUGACAAGAAGACACCCAAGAAGGUUGUCCCCAAGAAGCGCAGCACAGUCAUGAAGACUAUUGGCGGUGAAAAAAAUGGAGGCACCAGGACUGUUUUGCUUAAAAAAAGGAGGGCAAAUUAUCCAACCACAGAUCCCAUCAAGCCUCACCCAUCUAAAAAGUGCUUCAAGGAUCACAAAAGGCACCUCAAAGUAAACUAUACUAAGGGAACUGUCCUUAUCCUAUUGGCUGGUAAACACAAGGGAAAGCGAGUUGUAUUUUUGAAACAACUUAAAAGUGGAUUACUUCUUGUCACAGGGCCUUUCAAAAUAAAUGCUUGCCCAUUAAGAAGAGUCAAUCAAAUCUACACCAUUGCCACGUCCGCAAAACUUGAUCUUAGCGACUUUAAAGUCCCGAAGCACUUGAAUGACGAUUACUUUAAGAGGCAACGUGAAAAGAGGGCCAAAAAAGAAGAGGGUGAUAUCUUUGCUAAAAAGAAGGAAGGGUACAAACCAAGUGACAAGAGGAAGGAAGAUCAGAAGGUUGUUGAUGACAAGGUCAUUGAUGCUGUUAGGAAACAUCCAGAUAAGAAGUAUGUAUUUGCCUACUUAGGCUCCAUGUUUGGACUGCGCAGUAGCCAAUAUCCACACAGAAUGAAGUUUUAAUCGUUAAAAUCUUUAAAUACCUACAACAUCUUAAGGAAUUAAUAAAAAAUUGUAAAAAUUUA